AUGGCCGGUCCUCCUCCUCCACCUCCACCCCCUCCUCCUGCCGGUGGGUUUGGUGGUCCUCCUCCUCCUCCACCAAUGCCUAAUUUAGGCGGUGGUAAUUCAAUGCCUUCACCUCCUGCUGUUACUCCUGGAAGAGAUGCUCUUUUAGGUGAUAUCAGAAAAGGUAUGAAAUUAAAGAAAGCUACCACAAUUGAUAAAUCCAAGCCAAUCAUAGAUUCGAAGACCGCUGCUUCUGUGUCUACAGGUCCUCCACAGGGUGCUCCAGUGGGUGGGAUGGGAGCAUCUUCGCCACCUCCGAUGGGUGGUCCUCCUCAGUUAGGUGAUAUAUUUGCUGGUGGAAUGCCCAAAUUGAAGUCAACAAAAGAUAAUAGAUCGGGUAAGAUACCUUCUUCUGCUCCCUCCAUUCCAGGAAUGACUCAAUCCACACCAUCACUUCCUAGUGCUAGACCCCCCUCAAAAGUUGCUCAAGCAAUUCCUCCUGUUUCAUUACCCCCAACACCUCCAUCAGUACCACCAACUGCACCUCCAAUGCCUAAUUCAAGACCUAAUAAAGCUCCAUCAGCUCCUCCAUUACCUACUGGUGGGCCUCCUCCAAUACCUUCAAGUGCUCCGCCUGCUCCAAGUCUAGAAGUACCAAAAAUGCCACCAUCAAGACCAAAGAAAUCCGGACAUUUAAAGAACAGUUCAAUAUCAUCUUCCAAAUCAUUCGAGGAUCCUCCAACUGUCCCUUCAGGUCCCCCUCCUGUUCCAAGUUUCGGAGCUCCUCCCCCUCCUCCAUUACCCACAGGAGUACCACCAGCACCUUCCACACCUUCGGCUCCACCUCCACCUCCCCCAAUGCCUUCCUUUGCUCCUUCUGCAACUUCAACGCCAAUACCACCGCCACCUCCUCCACCUUCUCAUACUGAUACUCCUGCAAGCAGCUCCCCAAAUCCUAUGGCGGGUGGUUUACCCUUUUUAGCACAAAUUAACGCCAGAAGAAAUGAAACCUUUGUGGUAGACGAUUCGUCUGUGGCCUCAUCUGGUCCUUCUAGGAAUCAGACUCCUAUGGAAGCGCCAUUAUCAGACAGAGCUCCUCCAGCUCCCAAAUUACCAACAUCCUCAAUACCUCAAAUACCUAAUGGUUUUCCACCGGCUCCGAAAAGCAAUGCUUCAAUCCCAGCACCUCCAAAACUACCCACCAUGGCACCUCCUGUACCUUCAAUGCCUACUUCUAUUCCACCAGCACCCAAGGUACCUUCAAUCCCUAAGGUAACGGCACCUCCUAUUCCUGUAUUUGGUGCACCAAUGCCUUCACAACAAGAUGAUGAUAGUUCAGGUUCUGGAUUCGAAACUGACUCAGAAGAUGAGCAAAUUCAAACCCCAGUGCCUGUUAUACCUGUUGCUCCUCCUACUUUACCACCAACUCCUCCAUCAGUUCCAACUCCUCCUGGUCCACCUUCAAUGCCACAUUCAGUUCCUCCUCCACCUCCAUCAGUUCCAAAUUCAUUACCUCCAGCUCCAAGCACAUUACCCCCAACCCCUUCUGCCCCAACUCCAUCUGCAUCUGCUUUCGAGAGAAAACCAUAUAAAAAGGCAGCACCUCCACCUGCACCUCCAAGCAACACCUCCAAUCUUCAACAACAACAGCAGUCAGGUGAGUCGUUAAGAAAAAUAUCAGCACUGGCCUACACCAUCAAUACUUCAGGAAGAAAUGGAAACGGUGGAGCCAGUCACAUAAAAAUCGAAGAUUCUAGUAGAUUCAAAUUUUCCAACGCUAAAGCCAUACCUCAUCCUCGUAGGUUCGAUGCUGAUAGAGUUAAGCUUUAUCCUAGUGGUAGAGGCUCAUCAGUCCCCUUGGAUUUAUCUGCGUUUGAUUAA